AUGGCCAGCUCGACUCUUGGCCUCGAAGAGACUGCCAAGAAGCGGAUAGUGCCAAAUGUGGCAGCAGUCUUGAUUCAGUUGUGUAUCCUCUUACUGCAACCCUAUGAAAUGGGUGCUGUUAUUAACUGUUUUGCAUUUGAGGAAACGGAGGCACAGGGAAGUUGCAUUGACUUGCCAAAGUGGUGCAUGGCAGUGGAGAGUGUGGGGACUGGUAGUACACUGUGGGACCACUGCUUCGAUUUGUGCCAAGGCACAGUUCCUACUCUCAAGGAGCUUGCAGUGGACCGCAGUAUUUGCAAAGACAAGGCACGGAAUGUUAACACUGGUGAAUUGGCAGCAAUUAAAGUAAUAAAACUGGAACCAGGAGAAGACUUUGCCGUUGUACAGCAAGAAAUUAUUAUGAUGAAAGACUGUAAACACCCGAAUAUUGUUGCUUAUUUUGGAAGCUAUCUCAGGCGAGAUAAACUUUGGAUAUGCAUGGAGUUUUGUGGAGGUGGUUCUUUACAGGAUAUUUAUCAUGUAACGGGACCUCUCUCAGAACUGCAAAUUGCAUAUGUUAGCAGAGAAACACUACAGGGAUUAUAUUAUCUUCACAGUAAAGGAAAAAUGCACAGAGAUAUAAAGGGAGCUAACAUUUUGUUAACGGAUAAUGGUCAUGUAAAAUUGGCUGAUUUUGGAGUAUCUGCACAGAUUACAGCUACAAUUGCCAAACGGAAGUCUUUCAUUGGUACACCAUAUUGGAUGGCUCCAGAAGUCGCCGCCGUUGAGAGGAAAGGGGGCUACAACCAGCUGUGUGACCUCUGGGCUGUGGGGAUCACCGCCAUCGAGCUCGCGGAGCUCCAGCCACCCAUGUUCGACUUACACCCGAUGAGAGCCUUAUUUCUAAUGACAAAAAGUAAUUUUCAGCCUCCUAAACUAAAGGAUAAAAUGAAGUGGUCAAAUAGUUUUCAUCAUUUUGUGAAGAUGGCACUCACCAAAAAUCCAAAGAAAAGACCUACUGCUGAGAAGUUACUACAGCAUCCUUUUGUCACACAACCUCUGACACGGUCUUUGGCAAUCGAACUGUUAGAUAAAGUGAAUAAUCCAGAUCAUUCCACCUACCAUGACUUUGAUGAUGAUGAUCCUGAGCCUCUUGUUGCUGUGCCACAUAGAAUUCCCUCAACAAGUAGAAAUGUAAGAGAAGAAAAAACACGCUCAGAGAUAAACUUUGGCCAAGUAAAAUUUGAUCCACCCUUAAGGAAGGAGACAGAACCACAUCAUGAACUUCCCAGCAGUGAUGGUUUUUUGGACAGUUCAGAAGAAAUAUACUACACUGCAAGAUCUAAUCUGGAUCUACAACUAGAAUAUGAACAAGGACACCAAGGUAGUUACUUUUUGGGUGCAAACAAGAGUCUUCUGAAGUCUGUUGAAGAAGAAUUACAUCAGCGAGGGCACGUGGCACAUUUAGAAGAUGAUGAAGGGGAUGAUGAUGAAUCCAAACAUUCAACCAUGAAAGCAAAAGUCCCACCUCCUUUGCCACCAAAGCCUAAGUCCAUAUUCAUACCACAGGAAACGCACUCUGCUGAGGAUGACAAUCAAGGAACCAUCAAGAGAUGUCCCACGUCAGAGAGCCCGGCAAAGCCAACCCAAGUCCCACCGAGACCACCCCCUCCCAGAUUACCUCCACAGAAGCCAGUUGCUUUAGGAAAUGGAAUGAGCUUCCAGUUAAAUGGUGAACGAGAUGGUUCAUUAUAUCAACAACAGAAUGAACAUAGAGGCACAAACCCUUCAAGGAAAGAAAAGAAAGAUGUACCAAAGCCUAUUAGUAACGGUCUACCCCCAACACCUAAAGUGCAUAUGGGUGCCUGCUUUUCAAAGGUUUUUAAUGGAUGUCCCUUGAAAAUUCACUGUGCAACAUCAUGGAUAAACCCAGAUACAAGAGAUCAGUACUUGAUAUUUGGUGCUGAAGAGGGAAUUUAUACUUUGAAUCUUAAUGAACUUCAUGAAACAUCAAUGGAACAGCUAUUCCCUCGAAGGUGUACAUGGUUAUAUGUAAUGAACAACUGCUUACUAUCAAUAUCUGGUAAAGCUUCUCAGCUUUAUUCCCAUAAUUUACCAGGGCUUUUUGAUUACGCAAGACAGAUGCAGAAGUUACCUGUUGCUAUCCCAGCACACAAACUCCCUGACCGAAUCCUGCCGAGGAAAUUUGCUGUAUCAGCAAAAAUCCCGGAAACCAAGUGGUGUCAGAAAUGUUGUGUUGUGCGAAACCCUUACACCGGCCAUAAGUACCUAUGUGGGGCGCUUCAGACUAGCAUUGUUCUGUUAGAAUGGGUGGAACCAAUGCAGAAAUUUAUGUUAAUUAAGCACAUAGAUUUUCCUAUACCUUGUCCGCUUCGAGUGUUCGAAAUGCUGGUGGUUCCCGAACAGGAGUACCCUCUCGUCUGUGUUGGCGUCAGCAGAGGGAGAGACUUCAACCAGGUGGUUCGCUUUGAAACUGUCAACCCAAAUUCUACCUCUUCGUGGUUUACAGAAUCAGAUAGCCCACAGACAAGUGUUACUCAUGUAACCCAGCUGGAGAGAGAUACCAUUCUUGUCUGCUUGGAUUGUUGUAUAAAAAUAGUAAAUCUCCAAGGAAGAUUAAAAUCUAGCAGAAAAUUGUCAUCUGAGCUCACCUUUGAUUUCCAGAUUGAAUCAAUAGUUUGCCUACAAGACAGUGUGCUAGCUUUCUGGAAACAUGGAAUGCAAGGUAGAAGUUUUAGAUCUAAUGAGGUAACCCAAGAAAUUUCAGAUAACACAAGAAUUUUUAGACUGCUUGGAUCUGACAGGGUGGUGGUUUUGGAAAGUAGGCCAACUGAUAACCCCACAGCAAAUAGCAACUUAUACAUCCUGGCGGGUCAUGAAAACAGUUACUGAGCAGUGUGGUGCUUUGACAGUUAACGCCAGAAAGGAAGGACACUACUGCGGCAACCUUACGAUUGCUUGAAGCUGUACAGAGGCUGCGGUGACCCGGCUUCGGUUACUUGUAAUUUAUUGUGGCAUGAGACGAGACGGGGCCCAUUUCUGUUGAAAUCGUGCCGACUGCUCCGUUACGGAAGAGGAGUGUCGGUGUUGGUAACGCGGUUCUGGAUGUUCCGGAAGCGGACACUGGGGCGGGAAGAACUGGAUUGUGUCGUGAGGCACCAUUUCUACUCUUGCUGGUUUCACUGCGCUUCUCUGACUUUAGUGUAUCCAGGCUCUGGAGACAAGAUGGAAAAGGCAUCAUUUCCAAUAUUCAAGGAUCCCAUUUGGAUGAAAAAAUAAAUUUGUAAAAAGCAAAUGAAGGAAAUGGAAAACUGAAGAGAAAAAGGGAGUGACCAAGGGAGUCACCCGAAGGAAGAAGGGGAAGUAUGGCCACCCUAAAUCCAGCAUGAUGGGGAGCCUUUUAUUGAUGCUGAAGUAUGUAUGUGCUCAUUAACAUUUUUAAGUUCAUCUUUGGAAACAAGAAGGGUAAUUUUUGGCAAAAAUGAUACUGUCCAGUGUUCAUCACAUUACCUGACUUGCUUCGCUGGGUGGCAAAUUGGUCUGAAAUCAGCCCCACGACCUACUGCCGUGCUUGCUGAGUUAAUGAAAACGGCAGCAACGUGCACCACAGCUAGUAGCGGCCUGCCUCGGAAAGCCUCCAAAAGUUUGCUGAAAAGCUAGGUGGACAAUAAAAGUAGGAUUGAAAAGUA